AUGAUCCACGCGAAGUUUUCCGUCUUGCUUCGUUCUCGACCAGAAUGGCGCACGUUGGGACUUGCCCUGGUCGCCUCAACGACCUACGACUUCCAAGAAGACGAAGCGUGUGACUGCGAUCUUGUCAUGCCACUCGCGGCGUACAAGCGGCCGGCCACGCUCAAUGUCCUCUUGCUCUGGUCCACCGAUCCCAUGGCCUCUGUCGAAGCACGAAUACGCUCAUUCCUGCUGGAAACGAAGCAGGGGACCGAUCGUUAUGUUAUUGCGGUGGUUAACAACAAGGGGGGCUCCCUGCACGCCUUUCAAAUAUUCUCGUCUCUGCAAAGCCUGAUGCUGGAUGUUUCGCCCGCUCCCAUUCUCAUUGCACUGUCGAUCGAAAGCGUUUUGCCUACGAUUGAACGCUACAUUCAAGAGCUGCACAAGAAUUUCGAGAUCAAGUUACCGCCGCUCCCGAUGCCUACGACUUUGGUGGCGCAUGCCUGUACCACUGCACCCAUUCGGCCUCUCUCGCCGCACGAUGCCAAUAUCUUGACUGACCUUUGUCAUUCCAUCCGAGAGUUGGAAGAAGCUACAAGAACAAGCAGCGGAAGGGAGCAAUUGGCGGAGUAUCUGGGACCGGCUGUCACCAAGAACAUUGUCGAUUUCUGGGAAGAUGAAUGGAUCGGAUCGUUUGAUCACGUGUUGAACUGCUAA